AUGAGACAAUCUAAUAAUGAAAAGACUCUUCCUACUCAAGGAAAUACUAUUGAUAGACAAUUCUAUUAUAAUCUCCUCUCUCUUGAGAAGGCUAUUAUUAAAGAACCACAACUUGAUGCUGUACAAUAAGCAUUAGCUAUGUAUAGGUAAUAAUUUUAAUAUAAUCAUCAAUAGAAAAUGUGUAGAGUAUUUUGAUAAUAUACAAGAUCCAAUUAAAUAUUAUUUUUUGGAUAAAAUUCAAUAAGCUUUGAGUGAAACUAAAACACUUAUGCUUAUUAUUAAUUCUAAAUCUGAAUUAGAGUCUUCUAAAACUAUUAGUCCUGUUAAGCGAUGCUCCAUAUCAGAUCUACCAUCACCAUAAUUAUCUGAUUAAUAGAUUAUGGAUAAGAAACUAAGAUCUAAAUAAGUCACCUUAUAAAUUAAAUUACAUGAAGCUGCAGAUUAAUAAUGUAAAAUCUAUAUCAUAUAUAUAUAUACUAGCUGAAAUACUAAAUACAAUGGUAACUGAUUUUACGACUAAUACUACAAGUACAGAUUAAAAGGUUAGAUAGGAUUUAAAUUAAUAAGCAGACAUAAUAUAAGCUAGAAUACUCAAGAGAUAGCAAAGUACAAAAAUGAAAGGUUGCUCAUCAAUGCAAACAUUGUUAUGA